UUGGCAACAUUGCUGGGCGGUCAGCUAUCUAAUCCGACUAAUUUAUUUGGGUAGUUUGGGGUUCAUUUCUUUAGAACACAGUGCUAAAAGAGUUAUAAACUUGCCUUUUAUUUGAUUGGAUUAGUAAAUCUUGUUGAAUCUGUAUUGUGUUAGUGUUUUGAAACAGCUAAAGAUGAGUGAUAAGAAAGCAAUCGGUGGUGCAGUACCACCUCCAUCAUCUGCCCCAUCUUUUACUCCCCAACCUCCGCCACAGGCUAAUCCGGCAGUUCCUACGCCUCAGCCUUAUGGAGUUAUGGCUGGAAUGCCCGGUUCACCCUACGUUAUCCCAGGCCAAACACAGAUCUAUCCUCAAGGGCCACCCCCUACGUAUGAUCAGACUCUGACGCAUCCAGCAAUUGUGGGGCAACAUAUGUAUCCGCCAGGUACUAUGUAUGCAACUGGAUAUCCUACGUACUUAGGUUACCCAACAUAUGCACCCAUGCAAUAUUACCCAUCAUUGGGUGCAUAUUCAUAUGCCAUGCAACCUACGGCACAGUUGAGACCCACAAUUAUGAUCCAAAAUCCCCACCUGUUUCAGAAUGGCUACGAUGCGGGUGCGCGUUUCGACGGCAUACCGCAGCAAAUGAUUCCUCAACCACCACCCGGAGUUCCUCCAUCUGCUGCUCAACUGGCUGCGAUGGCAGGCCACCAAGUGGCACUCGGCCAAAAGAAAAAUACAUUUCUUGCUGGAGGUUCGGAAGGCGGGUACACGUUUUGGUAGUCAAGUAAUAACUUAAAUUUAGAUCAUUUUAAGAUCAAAGGUAACGUAAUGACUUUUGUUCAUUAGUUGACUCUUACCAAUUAAACGGAGUAUCUGGUACCAACCGGGGUGUCUCUUGAAUGCAAAUUUUUUUUCGGUCCUCACUUUUAUUGUUUUUCCUUUAUGUCUGACAUUCAUUUUUAAACUUGCUUGUCUUAAACAGAAACGUACUUUCUAUAUUACGUUUGGUACAUAUGAUUAGUGCUGUGAAUUAAUAAUUUCAUUGUUUUCUAUCGAAUGAAAAGCAUCUUUAGUAUUACACAGGAACGAACAAUCUGCAGGAUAAAAACUUACAAUUGAUAGAUGUGGACCAUCUUUUUUAACAAAUUUCACGAAUGUUGUCACGUUUGAAUAAGACUUAUGCAACAGCAAAAAAAUCGAAAUUAAACAACCAUUUUUUAAAUAUUAUUGUUUUCCUAAAACAUCCGUUUGUUGGGAAAUUAACUCGAAUAUUGUUGUUAAGUGCGCCUUCCUGUAGCGUAAAUUAUUAUGAACAUUUGAACUUAACGACUUAAUUUUUUUAAACUGUUCUUUGAUUUUUGAUCGAUAUUUAUCGUUGAUUUACAUUUGCAUUAUAUUAAAAUUUCAAAGCAUCAAGAUUUCUUUAACCAUCAUCAAAUACAUUGUCGAUAUUUUUAUUGGCGUUAAUAUGAUUUUUACAGUACUGUCUGUUUCUUUUUUCCAAUCGUGCAUAUAUUAAAAUACGAGGAGAGCAGUCGAGACAUAAAUCGAAUUAUUUAAAUUUCAAACUUUCCAUAUAGGUACGUAUGUCGAAUGCCAAAUGUGUUCAAUGCUCAACAUUUAGAAUAAAUAGUCAUAAAUUAAACAUUUAAAAGUAUCAGGUGUUUGAAACAUUAAUUCUAGUGAAUUUAUAUAAAUGCAGAUAAGUGUAUUUGAUGAUCGUUGAAAAACUCGAAACGGCGUAAAAUCAAAUAACAGUAUAUUAUUUCCGUGGACUAGUUUUAAAUGACCGAAACGCUGCAAAAUAAAUCAAUUUAAUAGAAAUAUAGUAUCAAUAAAUGAAUUUACCUAAAUGUUCUCAAGUCUGCAACCAAAUUAGCUUUGUUAAAAUUGAAAUGACUAUAUGUUGAUAUCCAAAAUGCCCUAUACUUUAUGUGUUUAUAUAUUCUAUACAGAGUGUGAGCACUUUUUCGAAACAUCAUAAAGACCAUUCAAAUAACAAGACUUAAAACACAAAUUUACAAUCUGAACAAUCAAAAUAUGUUUUGUGUUUUAUGUUCAAUGCCCUGUUGAAUUCGCGAUUUAAAAGUACGUUUUGUAAACUCGCAUUGUUGAUUUAAUUAUGCCAAAUAAAUUGUCUUCGAGGUAUUUCAUAAUGUGUUGUACCAGUAAUCAGCAUGUUUUUACGUCUAGACUUUUACACAGAAUGUCGAAUGUUCGGACAUCUAACAUCAGCAAGCGAUAUUCAAACUGUUUGUGAUAUAAUAAUCAUUAUCUUUAUUUAGGGAGUCAGAGACCUUCGAAGUUUCAAGUCAAAUUUUAAUUUACCUCUCAGUCCUACAUUAACAAAUCACUCUGUCAGUGAUACUUCGGUUUAAAUUUUUGAUAAUCAAUUCUCUGAGUAAAAUGAAAACCCUUUCUAUUGUUUUCCUCGCUCUUUUUUCUUAAUUAAUUGAUUUUUUGUGUAUAACAGCAUAGUUAUUCGUUUAAAGGCAACAUUAGACAUGUUCUACCAUAAGUAUGCCAUUUUCGAGAAAAAUUGUGACCACCAGGUUCACUCCUGGAUUAUGUUGUAUGCAAAAUUACACAGAAAAACUUGAAUGGUUUAUGGAGAAUUAAUUAAUUUGAAAGUUUAUUAAGUGCCAUAUCGCGUAAAGUAUUUUACAAUCCUUAAUUACAUUCAUUUUUUAACCUUUUUAAAUUAUUAAGUAAAAGCAGAAUAUUUAUGUUAGUAUGUUGUUUAAUUCUGUUUUGAUUGUUUAUUUCGAAAAUUUGUUGUGUUUGUGAUUAUAAUUACGUAACGUUUACGUACAGAGUCAGAACAGAGUCCCUUCAAGACUCUUUUUUUCUUAAAAGUUGUUUUUUGCUUAAACAUUGGGUACCAAUCGAAAAGUGCUCUUACCAAACCACCAGGUCCAAGAAUGGAAAGAAAAAUAAUGAAGAAUUAUUUAACAACGUAUUUUAACUUUAUAUUUAAAUAAUUUUUUAGGACAGUCAUCACAAAAUAAUAGGCUUUCAUCGGACUCUGUUCUAACGUUAUAAGUAUUUAAUGUYAUAUAUGUCGAUUAAUUGUCAUAUUUUCAAAUAUCCAGCAAAUUGAGUUAAAUAUGUCUAAAAGAUAUCGCCAACAUAUAGUAGUAGCCUAAUCAUCAUCCAACUUAAUACUUAAUUAGUUGUUGGUUGUCUCAAUAUGGAAUUGACAUUUUAUGCAUUUUUUCACCUGGGUUGAACGAAAAUCAUGAAUAUUAUAAGCUCAUUGCAUACUCGUCUUUUGAAUCUCAAUACAUUUUUAGUUUAGUAAUUAUAAAGGUGCUGAAAGAUCUAAAGCAUUAUAGUAUUAUCUGUUACUCGAUUGGUGGAUGUUAAAAUCUUUUACCGUGCGAACUAUUUGGCAAUAACGUAUUAACUUACUAGCAAAUAUGAGAGCAAAUGACAGCCAUUUUACAUUGUGGUAAUAUUAAAAUCAACCUGAACCUAAUAGCAAAAUAAUAUUGAAUGGGUUGUCUACCAGAACUAUGGACUAAGAAAAGAAAAUUGCAGCAACUAAUGGUUUCUUUACAACUUUGCUUUUAGAUUUUAAUUUAUUAAAAAGCGAAAACUAAAUAUCUCAUCAGGAUGACAAAUGACUGAGCGCUGCUACGUUUCUUUAAUUAUCAAUUAUCCGAUACAGAUGAACAAAGAAAUUAUAGUUUUUAGUGGCAGCUGCUCGCCUGGAGCUGUUAUAAAGACGCGACAUUUGCAGAUGCUCAGUGGUCGCAUUCUGAUUAGACUUUUAGCUCCAUGUAUAGGAUAAGUCAAAUCUGUUUUGUUUAUUAAAAAUAUAAUACUAUACAAACGUAUAGUUCUGUAUUUCGCUGCAAGCGACUCGAUCUUUAUAUUUGUGGUUAUUAUUUAUUAUUUUUGGAUUGUUGAUUUAUAGCGAUUGUAGAGAAAUAAAGCUGUUUUUGUUACGUGAAUGGUACAAAAAGAACUAGAAAA